AUGCGCACAGUAGCAGUGCGCUACAGGAUAUCAAACUACAAACCUUUUAAAAAUGGGUCCGACUUUAUGUUUAGGUGGAACCAAUGCAGAUUCGCAAAAAUUAUGCGCUGGUUGGCAGACACUCCUCAUGCACAUUCCAUGGAAAAGCUCACACAUUUUGAUGAUUUGAUCAACUACUGUCUAGACAAUAAAGACACCCUGGGGAAACGCGAUAUUAUAGCAUCAUUGUCGUACAUGAGUACCCUGAAAUUUAAUUUAUCGUGCAAGAAUUUUAUCAAAUACACAGAGAUAAUAUACGACAAGCUGGACAUGUUUGACUCCAGUAUUCACCUCCUAGUACACAGAUAUGCUAUUCUCGGAUAUAACCCGGCACUUGUUACAAUAUACGAACGUUAUAUUAAAAAAAACCUAUGUGAUCUCAAUAAUAAGGCUCUGUCACUGAUAGCUUGGGGCUAUGCCAAGAACAAUGUAUUUAUAUACGGUUUAUUUGAUACAAUUGCAACAACUAUAAUGCAUAGAGAAGAAAAGUUAUAUUUGACUGAUAUAUCGCUUUUACUGUGGAGCUUUGCAAAAAUAGAGGUUUUUUUCUUCAUACUCUUUAUACGUGUUCAGAGAAGAGUGCCUCAUGAAAUACAGAGGUUGAAGGGGGAGCUACUCGAAAUAUUAAAUUCAAUAACUAUCGCACUAAGUAAUGAUACAGCCGGGAAUUCGGACAUAACAAAGAGCUAUAUGGAUAAUAAAAAAUCUUUCUACUCAAAUAUAAUCCACGACGUAUCCAUGGCUGCAAAAUCUCUGGCCAUCUUACUACCAAGAGAUAUUGCUUCCAUAAUGCAAAUUCUCAGACAUUUUUUCAGUAUUGCGAAACUUGCAAACUUACCCAUAGUGGCACAGGGAAUAACGAGCAUAUGGGAGACUUUGCAGUACUCGAACAUCACUGAUGAAGAAAUCCUUGAGGACCUUUGUGAAGCUUCUCGUUAUCUGAGGCUGGAUCACUCAUUCAAUUCUAACAUGCUGAACUCAAUAAUCACAGCCAUAGACAAGCUGAACAUCAGGGACCCAAGGAUUAUAUAUCAAAUCGUGCACUGGUUGGAGAAGCGAAGCAGUCUAAUGUAUCCUCCGCAAAUGUACAAUAUCAUUUGUCUUUUGGAUAAAAUGUCAAUAUACCACGAAAAGGCCUGGAAGCAGCUGGGGGUAGUUGUACAAAAGAAGGCCAUAGACCUUGAGCUAAAUGAAAUCAAGCACUUAUACAGUAUUUUCAAGAGAAACGGUAAGAAGACAAAAAACAUAAACAUGUGCACACCUUCAGGCAAAGGAAACGAUAGAAUUUAUGGUGUACUUGACCACUUUAUGCUAUGCAAACAAGAUAUGGAAACAUACGGUCCAACCUAG